AUGGAUUCUAUCCUGUCAGGCAUUAAGGGUGUGAUGGUGUGGGUUGACGACAUUCUGGUGGCAACAUCGGGUGGAGCCACCAAUCACAUGGAAGUGAUCAAACAGGUUUUUGGAAGACUGGCAAAGCACAAUGUUAAGGCGAAUGGCCUUCAAUGUCAAUUCUUUCAAACUCAGGUGAAGUACACGGGGCAUAUUUUGAGUAAAGAGGGUAUCAGUCCUGUUAAGAGCAAGCUGGACGCAACUCGCCUAGCCCCUAGACCUAAAGAUGCGUCUCAGCUGCGAUCAUUCCUAGGCACGUUGAAUUAUUACUCAGAGUUUAUCAAGGAUUUUUCGUCUAAAGUGCACCCACCCUUCUUGAGAACAAGACUGAAUGGUUUUGGAGCAAAGAGUGUGAAAUUUCACUUUUAUGGGGCAAAGAAGUUCCCUCUAGUGAGCAAGUUCUAG